UCCUGCAAAACAAGUAACUGUAUUCUUAAAUGCAAGUAUGAGAGCUAUUACCUUAAUUUCAGUGGGACUGUAAAGUCAAGCGGAUGCCUAACAGCUUUGUUGAAUCAGGAUUUAACCCAGGGAACCUGGUGUUUGAGGUACUUCACAACAGCUGAAACAGUCCUUGCCCUGAAGAGCAUGCACUCAAAUCUAGGAUUAGAGAUGACAGCACUGCAAGGGGCUGGAUCUGGAGGAAGAACAAGGUUCUUGUUCAGCUACACACUUCAGUGUAUGUCUGUCUCAAAGUUCAGUUGAUUGGUGAAGCACUUUUGUGACUCAAGGCUCCAAAAAAGGCAAAGAAGAAGAUAGAAGGUGGUUCUAAUGUUUUCUCUAUGUUUGAACAAACCCAGAUCCAGGAGUUCAAAGAGGCUUUUACCAUCAUGGAUCAGAACAGGGAUGGCUUUAUUGACAAAGCAGACUUGAGAGACACAUUUGCUGCACUAGGUCGUCUGAAUGUCAAGAAUGAAGAGCUUGAAGCCAUGGUGAAGGAGGCGCCAGGUCCUAUUAACUUCACUGUCUUUCUUACUAUGUUUGGGGAAAAGCUGAAAGGCACGGACCCAGAAGAAACCAUUCUGAAUGCUUUUAAGAUUUUCGACCCAGAAGGAAAAGGCCACAUAAAGGCAGACUACAUCAAAGAAAUGCUUAUGACACAGGCAGACCGGUUCAGUCAAGAAGAGAUUAAACAGAUGUUUGCUGCUUUCCCUCCAGAUGUCUCUGGUAAUCUUGACUAUAAGAACCUGUGUUAUGUUAUCACCCAUGGUGAGGAAAAAGACUAAGAGGAAAGAGAUGAGCUUCUCCUGUGAUGAUGCACCGAGUUAUUUCAUAAUGCUUUUGUGUGCAAGACAAAGGGCUAAACAUUCAGUAUGUGAAGCCAUGUGGUCAUCAGAAGAGAACCAAUAAAACAAUUGAAAUUGGAUUAAAGUUAUUUAAUGCUCCUGUUUUUAUAAAAUAUGAAAAUACCAAUUUUGUGAGUUUUUUUCCCAGCCUUUUUUUUUCCUGUUAGUGGUUUGAAAUGGAAUUUUCUUCAUGAACUGGUGCUUUUAUGAUUUAUUGACAUCCUAAUGUUCACCAGAUGGUCCACUGGGCACUGCAGUGUUGCUUAACCUCUUGUCUUUUAUACAUAAGCUCCACUAAUUGAGAAAUCCUUUAACUUAUUGCACCAGGAAUAGUAUUUAGUAAAUAGAAUUCUGUUCCAUUUCA